GUCAACCGCGCCGGUUCUCCCGUUCGGUAUAGUCUGCGCACAACUCGAAGGGAUCAAAACAAGGACACGUUGUCGAUCGGCGUGCCAGUUCGCGGAUGCGUUUCGUCGACACAACCCGAGGGAUCAGCAAAUCCGAACGCGCGAUGUGGAGAUUUUUAGUGCGCUGUUAUGUCACUUUGACAUCGAUCUGACGUGAUUUCUCAUCGAUCGUAUCGUCUCGACGAGCCUGAUAUCAAUCGAGAACUGACUUUGCCCGGAGGGAAGGAUCGCGGACGGACCGGAAGUGAGUGAGUGGAUGCGAGCUAGAAGUGGAAGACUCUCCUGCAGGAGGACGAGGAAGAGAUGAUCGAGCUGCUGGUGGCCGGAGCGUUCGCCCUCGCCACACUAAGGCGGUAUUCGGUGGCACAGACGAUUACCUGGAUGAGCCUCGCAUUCUUCCUGAGUUCGGGCCUGAAUACGGUUUCAGGUGCACCUGCAUUCGGCCUUCGCACCGCCGUAUCAAACACAAAUACCAUGGACCGUUGGUUGCAACCGUGUGGGAAUCCAGUGGCGAUGCAGUUCAAGAGGAUGCCACAGAGGCACAGCGUGCACAGGACCCUGAAGAGGGUGCGCACCCAGCUACGAGUAGCUCAGAAUCACUUUAGAAUGCAUCUGAAGGAUGUGCACGAUAUAUACUCGAAGGUGUACAAAGUGCUGAAGGGGCAGUACAGAAUGCCCUGGCUCCCUGAGAAGGAGCUCGAGUGGUAUUCCAGGGAGGUUUGGUGUCUCGAAAAGGGAAAGAAAGCUGACCGUGCGCUUCCGCAUCUUCACGAUUCGCUCCAAAGGUUCGCCAUCACGUUCCAUCAUCUCAGAGCUUUCCGUCUGAAAUCUAACAUUAACGUUGAUCUCACGAUGAACAGGAGAAACGAGAUCAUUAAUCAAAUGCACAAUGAGAUUCUUAGGGUUCUCUGCGAGGUGGAGACAGCGAUUUUGAACCUGGGCUUGCAAGUGCCAACAGCACAUACGGCCAAAAUUGUCACGGAAAGUUCAAACUGGGCGAAGGAGGGCGACUUGACCCUGAUGUUGAUUCAGGAUUGGGGCGUUAUCAGAUUGUAUCAGACGUUCCUGAAGGCCUGGACCGAAGCGUUUCGCAACGCGACCGCGCCAGGACCGGGCACCUGUGACCCAAACAGGCCACGUCCAGCAGCGAAGAACAUUAACAAAGGAUCCGGGCCAAAGGGUAAGAGGAUAUCGAAGAUUAAGAAACAAAACAAGCCAAUUAGGAAGCAGCCAGUGGCCGGUGGCCAGAAAAGUUCCUUGCCUCAGGGACCACGAAAGGGUAUUCCGAGGAACAGACUGUUGAGAAAUAAACAAAAGAAACUCGUAAAAGUGUGAUGAAAUUAAUCUUACAAAGGCUUCUUACGAUUUUCAUCAGAUCUAUCAAUUAUUUUGAAGGGAGGGUUAACAGGCAAACGCUACGUUGCGACAAGGAACUCUCUAUUAUGACUGGAUCGCCUUUAGCGAACUACAUUUUACUAUUUCUUGCAUAAAUUAAUUUAUAAAGCAUUUUUAACGCAUAUUUAAGGAACGUAUCUAUGCUUUUUUUUUUUUUUUUUUAAUUUUAAUUUUAUUUAGACGAUUUGAGAUUCGUUUGGUUAUGCCAGGUCUGGGCAGUUCUUUCUGGGCUGUAGAUUGCCUAAGAGCAAAGUGUUGGACAGGGUUAGAGAUAUUAAGGGCAUCAAAUUGCUCAGGCCUAUUUUAUAUAGUAUUUUCUUUUAUAAUCCUUUUUAUUUAUGUUUUUAAUAUUAAUUUAUUAUUUAAAAAUGAUACGCCUGUGGAUCUUCCCUGGGAAAAUAUUUUUCCAUUAUUUGAACGAUCGUUGACGUAUACAUUCUUUUAUUUUAUUUAUUUCAUUAUUACGAUUAUAGAUGCUUAGUAUUUUGCAAUCUUGCCAGUUUGUUCCGAUGAGAUAGUUAGAAUUAGAAAAGAACGACAAUCGUAUUAAUUUCGACAACUGGUGCGUUUUGAUAUAGUUAUUGAAAAAUCAAGUUGUAUACUAGAGACCAGUAUUAAGAAGUGUACUUCAGAAACAGUAUUACGUUUAAUAACAUACUUAAUAAAUAGAAUAGCGACAACACUAAUAAGAUAAUUGAUUCUUUGUACGAGGUGAUGAAAUGAUUAGAAUAGGAAAUCAGAAUCUUUGCAUUCGACGCACUCGAUACUUGAUUAACACGUUGAAUGACGCCCUAUAAUUACGAUUAUUUAAAACACAAUCGUUUCAUUUUUCAAUUUGAAUGUGACUUAAACAUUUUUUUCUCUCAGUUAUUCGAUUGUAUUGAAUUUAUGGCACCGGUUACCGAUGGCCUCCACCGCAUUCAACAUGUUAAUCGUGAAAAAUAAAACACAAUACGACGAAGGCUUGAGAUGGUAUCGAAGAUUUCGUAACGUGCGAACAGUCAUCGAUUUAAUCGCCAAGAAAAGAGAAGGAACAAAUGGACGAUGGGUUCGUCAAACUUAUUUAUUGUAGCUUUAACGUAAACAGGCGAAAAGUCGUUAAUGUCGUUUAGCUGUGAUAUCUCGAGCGUACGCGGACAUACAGAGUUCCUACGUUUUUAAUUAUAAAUAGACAUAUUAUAUUAGAAUUGUAAGUGGCGUGUGUUAACGCGUACA